AGCACCCCCGCGCCGCCUCGUCCUUGUCCCCCCUUCGAGGCCGCUUGCUGGCAGUCGCCUCCCCGGGUCGCCACUAGCCCUGACCAUGCUGGCCGCCGUGCUCCGUCGCCCCGGCUUUCGCCUCAUCCGGCUCGCCCGCUCCUACGCCGAGGCCGCCCCCGCCCAGGCCGGCGGCCUGAACCAGAUGUCCUUCACUUUCGCCUCCCCGACCCAGGUAUAUUUCAACAGCGCCAACGUGAAGCAGGUGGAUGUACCUACCCAGAGUGGGGCCUUUGGCAUCCUGGCAGCUCAUGUCCCCACCCUCCAGGUGCUGAAGCCCGGCGUGGUCACGGUGCACGCUGAGGAUGGCACGGCCACCAAGUACUUUGUGAGCAGCGGCUCAGUGACCGUGAACGCGGACUCCUCUGUCCAGCUGCUGGCAGAAGAAGCGGUGUCCCUGGACAUGCUGGACCUGGCGGUCGCUAAAUCCAACUUGGAAAAGGCCAGCUCGGAGCUGUCGGGGGUUUCAGACGAGGCCGCCAGGGCGGAGGUCUUGAUCAGAAUAGAGGCCAACGAAGCCAUCGUCAAGGCCCUGGAAUAGAGCGACCGGCCCAGGGGAGGAAAAAAAAAAAAAGCGUUUGACCCUCAAACCCAACCUUGAAACUCAUCUGGAGUCUGACUGAGCAUGUGUCCGCACCAGCCGGUGACUCCCCUCCUCCUGGGGUGGUGGGGUUGGAGUCGAGGCUUGGGUGCCCGGCAACCAUGAUCCACCUGUCAGACUUGGAUUUUCUGAGCCCAUUCCCUCUGCCACAUGUGUUUUGUCCCCAACCCAAGCAGAGGCUUCCAUGGAGAAGUGACCCACCUGAUUAAAAAAUGAGGAAGCCCUCCCCGUUCCAA